GAGGAGAAAUUCAAUCAUCUGCCGUUGCCGCCCCAGCUACUUGAGAGGAUGGGCGAUGGUCCAGCAGAGUCUAAGGUGACAUUGGGAGCCCUCAGAGGGUGUCUCUGCGUAUCCGGGCUUGUUUUGCACCGCAUCAAGGUUUGGAUCUUGAGGGACCGCUCUGACGAAACGUCCUGGACACCACAGUUCUCGAUUUAUAACUUCAUGGGGUCCUUUUUUCGGCCUCUAAAAUGGCUAGAGAACGGGAGCUUGGUGAUGUUAUGGAGCAAGAUGUCGCUUGUUUUCUACGACCGCAUGGCCAGAACAGUUAGAGAGUUCCGGGUGAGAGGUGGUGGCUCUGUCGCAUUCCAAGCCAUUGCUCAUGUCCCAAACAUGGGUUCCCUCAGGGAUAUUGCAGGUGGACGGAAUCUGGUGGUCCACAAUGGGGAACCGAUUAGGUGGCGACCGGAAGAUGCUGAAGCAAUGUCUCUCGUGGAAGACAGAGAUGUUGGAGUGAACUGGGUUUUCGAUCUAUGGGGUUAAAGAAGAUGAUGGCUGCUUGGGCAAGUUUUUGUGCAUCGCUUUUUGGGACAUCCAAGGGUUCUUUUUGGUAAAUACGAAUCUGUCUGUCUGCGUAUUGCCGUAAUCAGUGUUAACUCUACCUACUUUAUUCAACAAAAAAAAAACUCUACCUACUUUUUUGUCAUACCCGCAUGUACGUACGCACGCAUGCAUGCAUGUGCGUGUAAGGAACUUCUCUCAAUUAUGUCAUUUCUGCCCCUCUACUUUUAUGUCAUACGCAAUUACGCCCGAUA